AUGGCCCCGCGAGAGCGCGACAUGGAUGGUCCUUCGUUCAACGACGUGUCUACUAACCACCUGGACGAGAGCUUUACGCAUACUAGCCUCUUGAUCAGCGCUGAUUCGGGCAUACGAGUAUACUGUACUCCGACUUUUGUCAAAUGCAUCUCUGACAUGAUCGAUUUGAUUCAACCAAAGCGGCCUGACGAUCUACUGGACGACUUCCAAGUCAAGGUUAUGAACAUGAUUUUGAACAACAGAAACCGUUUAGAGGGCAAAGGCAGCUCUCUAGAAUUCAGUGUACGCGUACCCUUCACACAUAUCAGGUUUCAGCACGCAUUCCAAACACAGCCCACGGUGGCCGCUGGUAAAGAUCAGUAUGAUGUCAUCCUAAAUCAGUUGAACAUGGCUGCGCGGAUCAAAAACUACCCUGGCGAACGAGCUGGAGAAAACUCGCUGUCCCUCCAUACAACGCUAGGUUCAAUCGGUGUGUCUGUAACAGAGCGCAGUCCGCAUGGACCGAGUCAAGAUGUCGCAAUCCAAGCAGAGCUCAAGGAAGUUUUGGUCUGGGUUUUGCAGAACAAGCAAACGUCGGUCAAUGUCUCCUUUCGUGCUUUCGAAUCAGCUGUGGCGAGCAAAAAGAUCGACUAUCUUGCAGCACUUAUCCAUCGGACGACGUUGUUGGCCGAGAAGCUCGUCACCCAAUUCGUCGAAAUCGAUCAAAGGCAACGGCAUAGACUGCGCUUCCUCGCCUGGACUCUCACGAGCGUGCAGGACCAAUACUCAGAUCCUGCAUUUUUAACGAAGGCCUCGUACACGCUUCGUGCUGCCCGAGAUCACUUGCGGAGUCACGAUUCUUGGAAGAUCAUUUCGCGCUUUCGCUAUACGUGGGAGUCUCUGACCCGGGAUGAAAAAGCUGCGAUUCUUAAUGAUUGCUCCCAGACCAAUGUAAAUUGCCCUGAAGACGCGGAGCAGAAGAUCAUUACAAUGUGGGACCAGUGGCGCUCAUGGGAUCUUGCGCACGUGCAGAAGAGUCUUGCGAUGAAGCUUUUGUUUGAUCACGUGGACGACAAGCUUCCAACACCCGAUUCGGCACCUGUACACGUUGAUAUCAAAUCUGCUUUGAUCAAGUUGACGAUAGACCCAGGUCCGCAGCAGAGUGAAGUAGCAUUGCGCUUCUUUGCCAUUACUGCUGCUCUCUUACCUCCGACAGAGCCGGAUGGCCUCAUGCUGGUUGGCACUGACAUUCCGAAGAAGUCAACACUAGUGCAAAUCAGCUCCAGGGAGACUUCCCUCCACGUCCAGUGGGAAAUUUGCGAGCUUGCAGAAGCCUUGUUGGAGCUAUUUCAAAAGGAGAAUCUUAGAGUAGCAGAGAAGGGAAUAUCAGCCACUGCCAAAUUACGCCAUCCUGAAGCGCCUACAUACGAUGAAGAGCUACAUGUCGUUUUUGCGACCGAUCAAGCUCAGUUUGCCCUGGAUACUAUCAAUCUGCGAAGUGUGAACACGGGCCAUCACUUCCGAAUGUCUUUUGUCGAUGCGAAAGCCAAUACUUCGGGUCUAGGCGAGACUCUGGCUGCCCACGUUCACAUGGAAGUCGGUGUGGGUGAGUUGUUCUCACGAUCGCGCUCUCUGGCCAAGGCGCAAUACGAGGCACCAAGCCUGAACUAUGCGAUGAUUAAACAUGCCGUCGAAGGUGGUACACCUGACGAGAUCAAGGCAGCAGCAGCAAGUCGGAGAAUCGUUGUGAAGGUCGAAGAAGAUGUUCUCGGACUUGUCGAGACUGUCGAUGCAGUACUUCGAGACGAAGUAGUCUACUUUCAGCGACAAGCAAAAAUUGUUAAAGAAAUCGUUGAUACCGCAACAAAAACCUCGACACCAGCCGUCAAGGUCACGCAGCUACCAAACAUCACCCUCGCUCUCUUCAUGGACUCCUACCAGGUUGAGCUUGCACUUCUCCAGCCCCUGGGUUGGUCGAUCACGGGCUCCUCGGGACGUAUCGCAGUCAUCCCAACACUCGGGAAAAACGUCACGCUGCAGAUUGACUAUGAUCUGGAAGCAAGUUAUCAUAGAAUGUAUAGCACGACGCCGAAGGGUUCGAAUGUCAUCAGCACUUUGCAGUUACCUCCACUAAAUGGCCGUCUUACUGUCACGCAAACGGAGCAAGUGAUCAAUAUCUCAGCAUCGGGCAUCGUUGAAAAGGUCCAGUUACAAGCUUCAGAGGUACAGGCUCUCGUCACAACACUAACCAAGCCUGAGAUGUCGCACAUGUUGCGAUCUGUUCAGGAGGACGUAGAGGUUCUGAAGGGCCAUGUAAUUGAAAUCUUCCCACCGCACUUAAGCGCCCCAGCUGUCAAAGAGCCCAGCACCUCCAGAGAGAUAUUGUUCGGUGUGCAGAUGACAUUCUCGGGAAUGGACAUCCACGCAAAUGCUCCUGGCCGGCAUCCCGACUCUCCAAAAGCUAACCUUGCGUUCCGGUUGUCAACUGUACAGCUCAGAGCUACAAACAUCAGCGCAGAUCAGAGCGCUAUGUUAUACCCCGAGGCUUCAAUUCGUAUCCACGAAGUGACAGUGGAAAUGCUUUUGAUCCAUGCCGAUACCGUGCGCCGCUGCGGUAACCUCACAUUUUCGGCCACCUUCCGAGCCACUACCGAGGAGAAUUCGGAACCCCUGCGGAGAGUAUAUCGUGUGAGGAGCUCCGGACUCGAAGUGAAUCUGUUUGCAGACACUGCAUCUGCUGUGGUCGACGUAAUGAACCAUCUGCAGGACAAAAUCAAGGAUCUCGACUUCUCAAAGGAGAAGAAGUACCUACAACGACUUCGCGACACUCGAAGCAGACUCUCACGCAAGCGAGCCAAGAGCGUCAAAAGUGAGGUACGCAUAGACUCAGACAAACUUGAAUCGCGAGCGCUGUUCACGUCCACCUUCUCUGUGGAGCUGCUCGAUAUGCAAAUCAGCUGGAUCAUCGGUAAUUCUGUGGCGGCUUUUCCCAGAAGUGAAACUGAAGAUCUUGUACUUUCCUUUGGACGAAUCGACCUAUCGAGUCAGAAAGAGGAUGCAGCACGGCUGAUGAUCCAAGAAAUGAGAUUGCAAAUGGUACCAGUUUCGCAGAACAAGAAGUUUCGGUCUCACAACUCCGCAUUGCUCCCCGAGAUGGUGUUCAGUGUAGCCUAUGCGUCUACCAAAGAGACACGUAGUGUAGCCUUUCGAGCUGCGGGCAAGUCUCUCGACCUGCAGCUCGAUUCACAUUUUAUUUUGCCUGCAAACAUUAUUGAGAGGUCCAUUGCAGUCGCCGGUAGAAAGUUUCGUAAAGCAUCCGCGAAUUGGAGCACUGUGCCGACCACGACGGGUGCGCAACGGAAAAACCCAUUUGGCAACAAGCGCCUAGCAUCGCUCACAGUCGAUACCAAUUUCGCGGGAGCUGUAGUGCAUAUAAAUGGGAGUGACACUUCGCCGAUACAAGGUCCAUCCAGUCGUGCUCAGCAAAAGGGGAGAUACAGCCAGUUUGUUGGUGACAGUUCUCAAAGCAGCAUGGCCUUACGGGCGCCUGGUGUGGCUAUACGGGUGGAAUAUCAAGAUGAUGGGCAUGAACCAUCACUGAACGCCGAGCUCCGUGUUGAUGCUUCAACGAACACUUUACUGCCCACGGUUGUGCCCAUCAUAAUUGACAUAUCAGACAGUGUCAAGGCAGUCGUCCGUGACAAGGACGAUGACGAGUCACCCAAGUCAGCUGAGGAAAUGCAGAGCCUACAUAAGCCUUCCGUAAAGCUCCUUGAUGACGAAAAUAUCACCAUUGCCGAUCCUGCUACCAUACUUGGUAGAACAAGACUAAACUUGGGUCUUAGGAUCUGCAGACAAGAAUUCAGUCUGAGUUGUCAACCGAUCGCGCGUGUUACUGCCAUUGCCAAAAUCGAAGACAUCUACAUUACUGUUAAUAGCGUCAAGUCUCAAGAGCACGGUCACUUCUUUGCAGCCUCUGCCACAUUCGAGAAAUUGCAGACCACGGUCCAGCAUGUAUACUCGCGCGAGUCUACCUUUAGCUUGGACAUGGACUCUAUAGUGCUUUCCUUGAUGAACAGCAAGCAUCUCAGCGGUACAAGUGGUAUCUCGGCUAUACUUAAGAUCAAUCCGACUGCCCUGCAAAUCAACGCCAGACAAUUACAAGAUUUCUUGUUGUUCAGAGAAAUAUGGGUACCACCGGAGGUCAGGCGCGCUUCUAAAGCACCGCAAACAAGUGGUAGUUCUGAACCGCAAGAAUUUCUCAUGCAACGAUAUCAACAAGUCACAGCCGCUACAGCCUUCCCAUGGAAUGCCAAUGUUGAGAUUGAGGAUGUCAAGGUUGAUCUCGACCUUGGACAAGCUAUCGGAAAGUCCUCACUCCAUAUACAUCACAUGUGGGCAUCGUCCAAAAAGAGCACAACCUGGGAACAGAAUCUAUGCAUUGGCGUCGAGAAGAUAGGAAUCCAGAGUUCUGGCCGCACGAGCGGUUUCAUCGAAUUGCAUGGUAUCAAGGUACGGACCUCCAUCGGCUGGCCCAAGCAAGAGGCAGAGGCCCGCCAGACGCCGCUCAUUCAGGCAUCGAUUGCGUUCCGCCAACUUCGCAUCAAGACUGGGUUUGAAUAUCAAGCUUUCGUCAUGGCAGACAUCGCCGACUUUGGGUUCUUGAUGUAUAAUGCGCGUGAAGAAGGUGAGGGAUCGCGGGAUCGCCUGGUGGCUAUUCUUGAUGGCGGAAAAGUCCACGUCUUCUGUCACGCUACUAGCGCAGCACAGGGUCUUGCAUUGUGGCAAGCCAUCGAGCGCCUCAUCCAAGAGAACCAGCAAGCUUACAAGCAGUCCCUGCGGGAUAUUGAGAAGUUUCUUCGACGCAAGUCCUCUCUUUCGACGCCAUUCAACCAGUCACCUUCUGCGAGCCAGGUUCUUGACAAGAAUGAAGAAGACGCAUUCAAAGCUCCAAUCUCAUUGCACACAGACGUCGUCGUGACACUACGCUCCAUCAAAUUCGGAGUGUUCCCUUCUACCUUUGUGGAUACGCAAAUACUCAUGCUCGAAGCCGGCGACAUGCAAGCGCGCUUUGCAGUCGCCUUGGAAAAUUCAAAGAUACAUUCCAGUCUCGGCAUGACCUUGGGCCAACUCUCUGUCGCCCUAUCCUCCGUACCCACGGCAAAGAAGAGCAUCUCCGUCGCCGAACUCACCGUCGAAGACGUGUCCGCAACCGCACAAUCCGCAAGAGGUGGAACGAUAGUCAGGGUGCCAAAGGUCAUAGCAAGCAUGCACACCUGGCAAACUCCCAAGAGCACACACAUCGACUAUCUCUUCCGCAGCACUCUCGAGGGCAAAGUCGACGUGGGAUGGAACUACAGUCGCAUAUCCUACAUCCGCACCAUGUGGUCCAACCACUCACGAACCCUAGCCUCACGCCUCGGCAAACCCUUGCCAGAAUCCGGCAUCAAAAUCAGCGCCUCCCAGGUCCUCCCAGACGCCCCCACCUCGCCCUCGUCGCCCUCCGCCAACAAUCCCCCGCUCGAUCCGUCUGCCAACCCUGAGAAAAUCACGGCCGUUGUCAAUGUGCCCCAGAGCCGGUACGAGUACACGGCCCUGGAGCCGCCGCUGAUUGAGACGCCGCAGCUGCGCGAUAUGGGUGAGGCGACGCCCCCGCUUGAGUGGAUUGGGCUGCAUCGUGAUCGGUUGCCGAAUGUGACGCAUCAGAUUGUUAUUGUGACGUUGUUGGAGGUGGCGAGGGAGGUGGAGGAUGCGUAUGGGAGGAUUUUGGGGUUGGGGGGAAGUUAG